ACACAGGGACAUGCAAACAUUUAUUUCUGAGAAAAGAAAAUACAAGAGGUUAUAGAGCAAAAAAUUAGUGAUUAUUUUAAUACUCACUUCAUUAAUAUUUCUGGAUCCUGGUUAGAAUUUGAAAUUCUUCAUCUAAUCUGAUCACAUCAUCAAAGUAGGAUAUAGCAGAAUUCCUUAUUGAGUGGAAUGGAGGACCAGAACAAACGUAGCAGCAGAUCACUACAAAGGCAAGUACUUCUUUUAUUCUUCUCUUUGUUUUGCAAAACUGCCUCAGAAAACAUUCGGUAUUCAAUCCCUGAAGAACUGGAGAAGGGCUCUAUUGUGGGUUACCUUGCCAAAGAUCUGAAAUUAAAUACUGGACAAAAACCAAACAGCAAUCUACAGAUACUUUCUCUGGAUGAAAAGCAGUAUUUCAUUAUCAGUACAGAAAAUGGAAAUCUUUAUGUAAAUGACAGGAUUGAUAGAGAGGAAAUAUGUGGUGAAAGUACAUCCUGCCCCAUCAAUUUUGAAGUGAUGGCUGAAAAUCCUAUGAAUAUUUUUCAUAUAACUGUAGAGAUACAGGAUGUUAAUGAUAAUUCACCACAUUUUUCACAUGGUGAUAUCAAGCUACAGAUAAGUGAAUCCACUUUACCAGGAACCACAUUUAUAUUAGAGCAAGCUGAGGAUCCUGAUAUUGGGAUCAAUGCACUACAGGAUUACAAUCUUAAUACAAAUCAGUAUUUUGUUCUGGACGUGAGAGAGAGAGAAUCUGGGAAAAAAUACACAAAAUUAGUCCUGAACAAACAAUUGGAUCAUGAAAGUGAAAGCAGUUUCCAUUUGAUACUUACAGCUGUGGAUGGAGGGAAGCCUCCCAAAACAGGGACAACCAAAAUAUGGAUUACUGUAAUUGAUGCCAAUGACAAUCCACCUAUCUUCACUCAAGAACUGUACAUGGUGACCCUGAAAGAGAACACACCAAGUGGGUCUUUAGUGGUGCAGGUGAAAGCCACAGACAGAGAUGCAGGUUCAUAUAGCCAAAUCAACUAUGCCUUUACAAAUAUCCCUGAACGUGCUCUCCAGAAAUUCGUCUUGGACGGACAAAAUGGGAAAAUAACAAUUAAGGAAGCUCUGGACUUUGAGGAAACAGAGAAAUAUUUGGUGGCAGUAGAGGCAAGAGAUGGCGGUGGAUUAGUAGCGCAUUCUAACAUUGAAAUAAAACUAUUAGAUGAGAAUGACAAUGCCCCAGAAAUUAUUCUUGUCUCCUUAUCCAGUCCAAUUUCUGAAGAUGCUACAGCAGGAACUCUGGUAGCCCUUAUCAACAUUAAAGAUAGAGAUUCUGGGGAUAAUGGGAAAAUUUCUUGCUAUUUAAAAGACAGUUUGCCAUUCAAAAUUGUACCAACAUCCAGUAACCUGUAUAAGCUUCUUACAGAUGGCCUCCUGGACAGGGAAAACAUGCCAGAAUACAAUAUCACCAUCAUAGCAACAGACAAAGGUAUAUCCCCUCUCUCAACAGAGAAGACCAUCUCCCUGAGGAUUUCAGAUAUCAAUGACAACUCUCCUACCUUUGAGAAAUCCUCUUACACUGCCUUUGUGCCAGAGAACAAUCCUUCAGGCACCUCCAUUUUCCAUGUUCAUGCCUCAGAUCCAGAUCUGGAACGCAAUGCCAAAAUCACUUACUCCCUCCUCAGAAGCAACAUUCAGGAGCUGCCUCUCUCAUCUUACCUCUCCAUUAACUCUGAAACUGGCAUCAUCUAUGCUCAGCGCUCCUUCGACUAUGAACAGUGCCGGGAGUUUCAGGUGGAGGUGAGGGCCCAAGAUGGAGGCUCCCCACCCCUCAGCAGCACUGCCACUGUGAAGGUCUUUAUCCUAGACCAGAAUGACAAGAGCCCUCAAAUCCUUUAUCCUUCUCAGGGAGCGGAGGGCUCAGCCUUGUUUGAGAUGGUGCCUCGCUCAGCGGAGGAGGGCUAUCUGGUGACCAAGGUGGUGGCGGUGGAUGCUGACUCUGGGCACAAUGCUUGGCUCUCUUACCAUCUGGUCCAGGCCACUGAGCCAGGGCUCUUCUCAAUUGGGGUCCAUAAUGGUGAGAUCAGGACAUCCCGAACAUUUUUGGAAAGAGAUGCUCUCAAGCAGAAGCUGGUAAUC